UAAAAUGAAAAAGCUCAAAAAUAUCUUCUUUUAGAACCAUCAAAUCCUUUCUUUAUCAAAUAGACAAAUUUAAAAAAAAAAAAAUGGGAAUAUCAAGCUCGGCCCAGAAAGAUGGCCAACCAACCACCACCACGACAACCAAAAAACAGAUCUUCAUAUUAUCCGGUCAAAGCAACAUGGCAGGCCGUGGUGGUGUGAAAAACAAACACUGGGACAAAGUCGUCCCAGAUGACUGCAAACCCGAUCCAUCAACAAUCCAUCGUCUAAACGCAAAUCUUAUAUGGGAAACAGCCCAAGAGCCACUUCAUGCGGAUAUAGACACAAGAAAAAUAUGUGGAAUUGGUCCAGGAAUGUCAUUUGCCAAUGCAAUUAAGGAUUAUAUUGUUGGAGUUAUAGAUCUUGUCCCAUGUGCUGUCGGUGGGACUGCUAUUAAAGAAUGGGCCAAAGGUCAGAAGUUGUAUGAAGAUAUGGUUAGGAGAGCUAAGGCUGCUGUGAAAAGUGGUGGUGAGAUUAAGUGUUUGCUUUGGUAUCAAGGAGAAAGUGAUACGGAUAGUCUUCAUGUUGCCAAUUGUUAUAAGUUGGAUAUGGAAAAUUUUGUACAUAAUGUUCGGGCUGAUCUUGGAUUACCUGAUCUGCCUAUUAUUCAGGUAGCAAUUGCAUCUGGUACGGAUGCAAAAUGCAUUGAGGUGGUUAGAGAAGCACAAAAGGCGAUCGAUCUACCCAAUGUAGUGUGUGUGGAUGCAAAGGGAUUGGAACUGAAAGAAGACAACCUGCAUUUGACGACUGAGGCUCAGGUUCAGCUUGGUCAUAUGUUGGCCGACGCAUAUCUAGCUCAUUUUGGGUAGGGAGUUCGUCUUGUUAAUAACCCAUUGGAUAGGGAGCUUGUCGCUAGUGGGUUGAUGUUGUGUAUGUGAUUGAGAUUAUUGGAGUUACAAUAGUCUUCAUUUUUCGGUCUUUGCAUAAUGAGAUUUAUUGCUUUUUUUUCCCCAUAUAUAUGGUCAAUCAGGAAAAGUGUUUGGAUGUGUA